UGAUUCAAAUCAUAACGAGCUAUGAUUUGAGCAGAAGCUCACAUGCGCGACAUUCUGACCUUACCUAAUAAAAGAUUUAUAAUAUAUAACAUAUAACAUUGAUAACGUUUUGUUUUGUGUUUCAAUGUUGCGACUAUCAAGGUUCAGUUAAGUCUAUGUAUUGAAAGAGUCGCUUGAGGUUGGAAAUAUUUCAGUUUGAUUGCAGAAGUCUUACGAAUAUGAAGGAAAUUUUAAUUUGCUCACUCUUGGUGUUGGGAAUUGUUGCGGAUGAAGUGAUAUUUGAAGUUCCGAAUUUCAAGGCAAACUGGCAUGGCGCCAAUCUACACUGUACCACGAGGGGCUCCUCACUAGUUACGGUGACAUCGCUGGAGAAGCAUGAGGCGUUGGUCAAAUUUUUGGAAAAAUCCGACAAAAAAUACAGCAAUCAAGGGUACCGAUUCUGGAUUGGAGCUAGCAGUCUGCCCGAUGGAGAGAACUUUGUGUGGCAGUCAACGGGAAGCAGAUUGUCGUUCACCAAGUGGAACUUGGGAGAGCCCAACAACGCUGGUGGGGUCGAACAGUGCGUCGAGAUCAUACACUGCCCCGGGUGCAAUCGCAUCUGGGAUUGGAACGAUAUGAAGUGCAGCUUGAAAUCGUAUUUCGUUUGUGAAACAGUUGAUGAUUCGAAUAUUAGGCAGUUUUAGUAUGAAGUAAAGGUUAGUUUAAAACUAAACUUCAAAUAGAGAACUACAGAAACAGUAAACUGUGAGAAAUCUUCCAAGCUCUCGAACCCACUCAUAAAUUCCAUCGAUUGCAUUCAAAGUCCUCCUGACAGUUAUUGCUUAAUUUCCUCUCCGUCCAAUACCCAAUCUC